CGAAGAGACCCUCACUAUUUUUUUUUUGGCUGGAAAGGAGACCCUCACUUCAGCGAAUCAGCUUCAAUUGCACAUAGCUAAAAUCAGAGAAGAAAAGAGAGUGAGAGAUGGCGUGGUGUGCGGCUAGGACAUUCAACGUUCAGGCGGCGGAAAUGGGUGGCGCACUGCGCACUCGGUCUCCCUUGGCCGCAGCCGGAUUGGGUUGCGCUUCUCUUGCCGCCUCCACCCUAUGGCGAUCUUCUUCCACCAACCGCUCUAUGCCUUUCGCUUGCUUGAGCAUUUCCACUGACGCCCGCAUUAGAGAAGCUGUUAAAACAGACAAGGCUCCUGCUGCAUUGGGACCCUAUUCCCAGGCUAUCAAAGCAAACAACUUUCUCUAUGUUUCUGGUGUUUUGGGUCUUAUUCCUCAGACUGGGAAGUUUGUAUCAGAUAACGUUGAAGAUCAAACCGAGCAGGUUAUGAAAAAUAUGGGAGAAAUUCUGAAAGCGGGUGGUGUAAACUAUUCUUCUGUGGUCAAAACAACGAUUAUGUUGGCCGACUUAAAUGACUUCAAGAUAGUUAAUGAGAUCUAUGCCAAAUGGAUUCCUUAUCUUAUUAUAUAAAGGCUGAAUACGAAGAGAAAACACACUCAUCUUAGAAUUCGAUCCCAUUACUCUCACACCAUGGGACUCAGUUGGCUCUUCAAUGGUCAUCUUACUCAAACCAUGUUUUCUAAACUUCAUUAUAUAAUAAGUGAUCUAUGGCAAAAUAGAUGAGUAAAUUUUCUCUUAAUUUUCUAGCAAUCGUAAGUACUUUGGCAUUCAACUUAAAAGGGUUUCUUUCAAAAAUUUCUUCUCUGCAGAUUUUUCUUCACCUGCACCAGCUCGUUCAACUUAUCAAGUUGCGGCAUUACCUUUAAACGCCAAGAUUGAAAUUGAGUGUAUUGCAGCU